AUGUCGAACAGAUUGGUCUCAACACCUAUGGCGAUCAAGAACUCACGCGGAUGCUUGCAAGCUCAACCUCAACCUGUUCGGCUUAAACAACUCAAUCGAUUGUAUUCCACCAACCAACCACCAAGCCCACUAUCCUUCUCAAAACCAUCGCAUAAGAAAUCGAAAACCAAAUCAAGAACAGAUCCUAGACUAGUCUUCAGAAGCUCAUUCCAUUCUACCUCUUCUGCCUUCGCUUCAAAAGAUCCGUAUUCAGUGCUUGGAGUCAAGAAAGAUGCGCCAGCAUCAGAAAUAAAGAAAGCCUAUUACUCGCUCGCCAAAAAGUAUCAUCCAGAUGUCAACAAGGAGGCUGGGGCCAAGGAGCGUUACCAGAGUGUUCAAGAGGCCUAUGAUACGCUGAGUGACGAAAAGAAGAGAGCCGCCUAUGAUCAAUUUGGACCGAUGUCGCAGCAACCAGGCUUCGAUCCCAACGCAUUCGGAGCUGGAGGCGGGUUUGGAGCCGGCGGAAACCCAUUUGGAGACAUGUUUGGUGGUGGUGGUGCUGAUCCUGGAGAUGUGUUCAGCAGCCUAUUCGGAGCCUUUGGUGGUCGAGCUGGGGCUCGGGGGGCAAGCCAGCAGGUUUUUGUUGGAGACGAUAUGGAGGCAUCGAUCACGAUCCCAUUCGAAGAAAUGGCGAAAGGCACCAGUCGGACAAUCCAUACCACACCUAUCGUCAACUGCCCUCCCUGUAAUGGCGAAGGGAUCAAACAGGGCGCAAAGCCACAGACCUGCCGAGCAUGUAACGGGACCGGAACAAUGACCUUCGUGGUUCAAAGCGGCUUCACAAUGGCUAGUACCUGUCAGAGUUGUGGCGGAUCAGGUAAAAAAGUCGACGACAAAGAUAUGUGUGGCUCUUGUGGAGGGAUCGGAAAAGUUCGAGAUCGGAAACAAGUCGAUGUCAAGAUUCCAGCAGGUGUAGAGGACGGUAUGAGGAUCAAGUUGGCUGGACAAGGGAAUGCGCCAGUGGGCGGAGGGAAAGGUGGCCGACCGGGCGAUCUAUACGUCAAAGUAAACGUGUCUCCUUCGAAAAAAUUCAGAAGACAAGGAAACAAUCUGUACACCGAUGUCAAAAUCCCAUUCCAUACUGCGCUUCUUGGGGGAACCGUUCGAGUACCCACAUUAGAGAAGGAGGUCGACGUUCAGGUGCCACGGGGCACUCAACCCGGCGAAGAACUGGUCCUCAAAGGUCGUGGAGUCAAACAUUUAUACAAAGAAUGGCUUGGUGACUUGAUUGUCAAGUUCAAUGUCACCAUCCCAAGGUCUUUAACUGAUGACCAACGCACAGCAUUGGAAGCAUAUGUGGCAACACUUGAAGGGAAACCCAAUCCCACAACUUCAACCGAGUCUACUGUUGAAUCUAAACCGAAUCAUGAUGACCACGGUGACUCCUCUAAUGGAUCAAAUGAUGGUCUGUUCUCUUCGAUCAAGAAAUUAUUUCAAAGGUAA